GGCAGGCAGUGUGGUUAGCGCUGUGGCAGGGAGAGGGUGUAUAUCACUAACACACACCACCACCACCAACACCACCACCACCACCACCACCACCACCACACCACCACCACCACUACUACUACCACUACUACUACUACUGCUGCUACUAUUACGACUUCAAUACUGUUGGUGCUUUAAGAUAGGUUACAAUGACAUCGGUGGCCCACUCCCCCGGGGCCUGUCCCUCUCUGGCCGACCUUGACACUAUUACCGAUGAGGAACGACUGCGCUGUAUGUGGCAGCAGGCGGAGGACUUCGGAGAGCGGCGUCGCAUCAGGGCACGCAUGUACAAGCUGAAGGAGCAACGACUGAGAGAGAUGAUGCAGAAUGACGAGGAGAGUCUGGGCGCCCUGGCCGUCACGGAGGAUGGUGGACUCAGCGGCGGCGAGGACAUGGCCUCCUCACCCGCACCCGUCAGACGGACUUCAAAUAUACAGGUGACCAUGCACGUGGAAGGAGACACCGCCGUGACGGACUCCAUCUCGACACAGAACGUACGUCUGGGCGGGCUGACGCUGCGCGGUGUGGAGGGCCUGGAGGGCGUGUCGGCGGAGCAGGUUAUCGCGGAACACAUGCGCAAGGCGAGCGAGGACCGCGGUGGUCGGUACCAACGCAUCCUGGGCGAGCUGAGUGACGGCGAGGGGGACGCCGUGGUCAGCAUCACCAAGAACACCUACUCCAUCCAGUCCAACGCCCUGGCCGGCGAGGGCUACAUCUCCCUCAAGAACAAGGAAGUGCGCGACUCUGUGUCACCCACCCGCGUCCUCAGAGAGCGCCGCUCCUCCGCUGAGGACGAUAACUCCGCCACCGAGGGCCGCCUCACCUCAGACGACGAGGCCGCCCUCAGGGCUGAGAGCGAGAACAUCAUCCACGAGCUGAACAAGUCCAGAACCACCGCCACCACCACCACCACCUCCUCCAACACCACCUCCUCCUCCUCCAGGAAGACCUCCAGGGAGGAGAAGUCCUCCUCCACCACCCGCACCACCCGUGGCAGACAGUCUGAGAUCCCCGUGCCCCGCGAGACCACUACACGCAAGGUGUCUGAGAGGAAGCUGUCUAGGGAGCUGGACCUGGGCUCCGGCAGGCGCGGCGGCGGCGGCGACAAGGCGUCCCCCACCUCCCCCACACGCCGCACGCCCGGCGAAUCUUCCCCGCGCGGCCACGCCUCCCGCAGGACGGGCGCGCAGAAGGAGGUGCCCAGUCCUGGUUCAGGUCCCGCCUCACCUAACAAGUCCCCGACUCGCGCCGGCACCACCAAGGGCACCACUACCACCACCGCCACCACAACCACCACCACUACCAGCGGCGGCGGCAGCAGCGCGGCCCGCAAGGCGGAGCAGUUGGCGGACAUCGAGUCCAAGAUGGAGGCGAGCAUCAUGUCAGAGCUGGACAAACUGGACACUUAUCUGAGUGCCGGGGCGGACGAGCAGGAUGAGGUGGUGAUGGAGCACGAGGAGGACGUGGUGGAUGAGGCGGGCCACGUGGUGCGUAUGCUGGUGCAGACGCGGCGCAAGAAGGACGGUAGCGAGUGCACGGCGAGGCGCGUGGCGCGCUCCGCCAGGCUGGUGGACAGUGAGGGCGAGAUCGACGAGAUCCUGAUCGGCAACCCGGACCACGAGGUGCUGCAGCGAGACGUGGCCGAGGAGGAGGACGACGACGGCAACAACAUCCGCAUCAUCACCGAGACGCGGCGCCGCCCUGACGGCAUCACCUACACCACCAAGAACGUCCUCAAGACCUCCAAGAUAUUCGACUACGACCACCCCGAGGACGUGGCCUACAACGAGGACGACCAGCUCAUCGACAGCAACGAGACCCACGAGACGGACGAGCACGGCGCCACCAUCCGUACGGUGACGGAGACCCGGCGCAAGGGCAGCGGCGUGGAGUACACCACCAAGAAGGUGUACAAGACCUGCAAGGUCAAGACCACGCGCAUCACACCCUCGGACGACGACGAGGUGCUGGACACGCGCGAGACUGAGGAGAAGGCCGAGGACGGCUCCACGGUGCGCACGGUGGUGGAGACGCGGCGCACCAAGAGCGGCGAGGAGUACACCCACCGCCAGGUGUUCCGCUCCCGCCGCAUGACGCUGUCCGCCUUGGACGUGCAGCGCGGCCUGCCCGCCAUGGACAACGAUGACGAGGUGCUCACGCGCCAGGAGAAGGAGGAGCCUGACGAGUCUGGCCGCGCCGUGCGUGUGGUGACGGAGACGCGGCGCCGCCCUGACGGCUCCACCUACUCCUUCGAGUACGUCAUCCGCAGCUUCCAAGGCACCGAGGACGAGGUCAACAAUAUGCCCGUGGGCAGUGGCGGCUCCAGCGGCAUCACGGUGUGCGCUGAGGACGAGCUGCUGAAGGAGGACGUGAAGGAAGAGGUGCUGGAAGACGGCACCACCGUGCGGACUAUCGUGGAGCGGCGCCGCGCCAAGGACGGCACGGAGUACAUGCGCCACCGCGUGAUGCGCAUCCCACGCAUGCCGGAGCCAGUGCUGCAGGUGGCGCGCCCCGAGGAUGAGGUGCUGCAGGAGGAGGUGAAGGAGGAGACGCUGCAGGAUGGCUCCCACCGCCGCGCAGUGACGGAGCGGCGCCGCAGCAGCGUGUCUGGCGUGCAGUAUACGCUGCGACGCACGUCGCGCGUGUACACGCCCCACUCCCACGCCCUGCACCCGCACGGCGCCGGCCACGAGAUCCUCGACGAGAACGAGACCGAGGAAGAGACGGACGAAGGCACUGUGGUGCGCACUGUCAGCCAGCGCGUGCAGCGCCCUGACGGCUCCGUGUACACCACGCAGCACGUGCAGCGCACCUUCAACACGCCCACCCCCAUCACUCUCACCGGCACAGAGGACGACGAGCUGCUGGACCGUCACGAGGACGACCACGAGGACGAGGACGGCACCGUCACCAAGACCAUUGUGGAGACACGUCGUCGCGCUGACGGCGUGCAGUACACAGUGGAGCGCGCGGAGCGCACUGCGCGCCGCGGCCACGAGGUGCAGGUGACUCUGAGCACGGGAGGGCGGCGGCCCGGGCGGCCCGAGGAUGUAGUGGUCGUGGGAAGCCCCGAGGACAGCGUGGUGAGCACCGAGGAGCACGAGGAGGAGGAGGAGGACGGCAGCGUGGUGCGCACCGUGGUGGAAGUGCGGCGCCGCGCGGACGGCACAGAGUACACGUGCCGCACGGUGGUGCGCUCCGCCCCCGUGCUGGUGCCGGAGCGCGAGACGUCCUUCGUGGUGAUUCGCCCCGAGGGAGGCGACGAGGACGAGGCGGGCUUCUUCCCCUCCCAGGACGACGAGGUGCUUCUGACGCGGCAGCGGGAAGAGCCCGGACCAGACGGCACGCCCGUGCCCGUGGUGGUGGAGACGCGCCGCAGCCGCGCCACGGGAGAGCGGUACAACGUGACCAAGCGUGUGCACACCACAGACGUGCUGCUCACAGAGGCCGGAGAGACCACCCUGCCGCGCGGCCUCGUCAAGACCACGCUGCUCGCCAACGUCACGGCGCCCUCCGACGCCCCCAGCCAACCCACGCUCACCAAAACCACGCCUGCACCCACCAAGACCUUGCACACAAAGGCCAAUCCUCCCAACAGAAACUUCCCUGUCACCAAGACCACCCUUGCCACACCCAGGACCACCCCUACCACCCCGAAGGCCACCCCUGCCUCCCCAAGGACUACCCCUGCCACCCUCAAAGCUACCCCAGCAACCCCUGCCACGCCCAAAGCCACCCCAGCAACCCCUGCCACACCCAAAGCCACCCCAGCAACCCCUGCCACACCCAAAGCCACCCCAGCAACCCCUGCCACCCCCAAAGCCACUCCGGCAACCCCUGCCACGCCCAAAGCCACUCCAGCAACCCCUGCCGCACUCAAAGCCACCCCAGCAACCCCUGCCACACCCAAAGCCACCCAAGCCACCCCAGCAACCCCUGCCACGCCCAAAGCCACCCCUGCAGACACCCCUGCAACACCCAGAGCCAAGGCUGUCAGCCCUGUCAGGUCCCCCAGCCCCAGGGCCUCCCCAGCCAGACCUUCCUCCCCCGCAAGGCCUUCCUCCCCCGCCAGCAGGUCCCCAGAGCGGCAGCCAGUGGAGCCGGAGCAGGAGGAGCCAGACCACAUCCCCUACGGCUCCGUGUCGGCUCUCAAGAACAGGUUCGCUCCUGUUGGCAGCGCCCCGAAACCAGACAGCAGCGAGCCGCGCCCGUCCUCGCGGCCUGACCGCACCAACACUCUCAACAAGAAGCGAUUCUUCGAGGACGCUGCCAAGGCCGCCGGUGACAUCCCAGCCUCCCCCAAGCUGCCGGCGCGGCGCCCCCUUGCCCCCACAGAGAAGGAGCAGCCCCAGGAGGAGCCCGUCCCGGACCUGGACGAGGAGAUCGCCCGCCUGGAGGAGAAGGAGGAGCUGCGCCACCUCCAGGAGGAGCCGCACUCAGAGACCGAGGAGGAGCCCGAGGAGCCCGCGCUGGAGGAGGACGAGACCUUCUCCCCAUCCGAGGAGGAGCCCCAGGAGGCCCCCGCCCCGAGAAGCGAGCCCGUGAAGAAGGCGCCGGGAACACGCCCUGGACAGCGGCCCAAGAGGGUGGUGGAGGAGGCCCCCAAGAAACGGCGGGAGGUGAGCCCCAGGAAGGUGGAUGAGCCCCGCCGUGCCCCAGCCACCACCAGGAAGGCGCCACAACAGGACGACUCACCCACACGCAAGGCGCCCUCCCAGCGCCGCCCCGUCAAGGCCUCACCCUCCUCUCCGCAGCGCGGCCCAUCCUCCCCACAGCGUGGCCCAUCUUCCCCCCAGCGCGGCCCAUCUUCCCCGCAACGCGGCCCAUCCUCCCCCCAGCGCGCCCCCAGCUCGCCAGAUCGUGCCAGCCGCGAGGUGACGCCCGGGCGUGGGUGUUGCAAGAAGCACCCUGGCGAGGAGCCCACCAGCCCCACCAGGAGCCCCACCAAGGCCCGCCCCUCCUCCCCCAGGAAGGCCGGCUCCCCAGAGAGCAAGCCCCGUGUCAAUGGAGAGGCGCCGCGCACGCCCACCGACACGCGCCUCAAUGGCGAACGCGGGCCACGAGGUCGGCGCCCCGCAGAGCGCCCGAGCGAGCCUGAGCGCAGCACAGUGCGCCCCUCACGGCUCUCCCAGACCCCGCGCAAGGGUGCUCCUACCACGCGCUCCCCCGACAAGCGCGAACCCGCCACGCGCCCCACCACCACACGCCCUGCCGACAGGAAGGGCCCCACCAAGCCAGCAGAGCGGAGCCCCAAGGGACGCCAGCCUGAGGCCAAGGCCACCCUGGCAGUGCCUGAGGACAAGACGCCCGUUAUCACCAUGCCGGAGACGCCCAUGACGGAGGACAUGAAGCCCCUGCCUGCCGAGGACGACGAUGGGCCAGAGAUCGAGGACGUGUCUGCCGCGCCAGACUUGCCGUACCACACCGUGCACCGCCCCUCACUGGUGCGUGAACCAUCAGAGUACCCCGACCACGACGCCCCAGAGGCGCCCACUGACUCAUCCCCUGAGGAGGUGGAGGAGCCAGAGCCGCGGGACCGCCGCCCUGAGAAGAAGGCACCCCGCAAGGCCCCGGAGAGCCCCGCCAAGGAGGAGCCGUCACGCGUACGCAGAACACGGCCCAUGGAAUCACGCCUCAGCGACAAGUCCCUCACGCCCAAGGAUAAGAAGGUGCCGCAGGAGCCUCGCCGCACCACCAGGGACCGCCCCUGGCUCACUGAGAAGCGCAACUCAUUCGAGAAGAAACCCACCGACUCAAAGACAACCCCGCGCGGCACAGACAAGCGCCGUCCCGCGGAGCGCCGCCCCAGUGACGAGGCGCCCGCCCCCGCUCCUGCUCGCGAGGAGGCCCCAGAGGAGCCUCAGCUGGCCUCCACCGACAGCGAGCCUGAGGCAGCGCUGCCCCCAUCCCCACCUCCCUCAGAGGAGGCGCCGGAGGAGCCACGCCGUGCCGCGCCCCUGGAGCAGCAGCCGGCAGCUCGCCUGCCAGUCGAGGUGGAGCGCGCCCCAGCGCCGGAAAGGACCACCACCACCACCACCACCAGCACCACCAUCACCACCGCCAGCAUCAGCACGGGUGGCAGCAGCGUAGCCGCCAGACGGUCACUGUUCAGCCGCGGCGCCGCACAGCCCGAGGCGCCGCGACAGCAGCCCGAGACGCGGCCAGACCGUCCGGGUCGUAAGCCGUCCUACGAGAUGAAGGAGUCUGUGUUCUCGCGACGCUCUAUCUUCGAGCAGGGCAAGUCAGAGCCCGCGCCCGCGCCCCUGCGCCGCCCGCUCUUCAAAACGCCCCUCAAGAAGGAGCCAGAGCCGCGCCAGCCCCAGGACGAGCCACGCCAACCUGUGAAGGAGGAGCCCCUCACGGAGUCUCCGCGCCAGCCUCUGCAGGAAGCGCCGGUGAGGGAGGAGCCCCGCCAGCCCAGGAAGGAAUCCUUCAAGGCCCCAGACUCCCCGCGCCAGCCUCUCAAGGAGGAGGAACCGCGUCAGCCCAGGAAGGAGUCCCUAAAGGAGUCCCCGCGCCAGCCCCUGAGGGAAGAGGAACCCCGCCAGCCCCGCAAGGACUCUCUCAAGGACUCCCCACGCCAGCCCCUCAAGGAGGAGCCCUGCCAGCCCCGCAAGUCCUCCCUGAAGGAGUCCCCGCGCCAGCCCCUGAGGGAGGAGCCGCGCCAGCCGGUAAAGGAGCCUAUCAUUGUGCCCAAGUACAUCCAUCCCCUGGGAGACGACGAAGACACCCCCAGGGACUCGCCCAGGGACUCCCCUAGGGACACUCCCAAGGACUCCCCCAGGGACGGCCCUAAGGACGCCCUCACCAUCACCUCCAGCACCCUCGUGAGGACCGCCAUGGCCUCCACGCGACACACCUCCUCCACCUCACGCUCCCCCACACACUCCCCCACACGGAGGUCCCCCACCCACUCCCCCAGGAGCUCCCCAACCCGCCAGCCCACCAGGGAGCGUUCCUCUUCACCCUCCCCUGCCCCGAGGAGCAAGGAGGCCUCCCCAUCACCAGUGAGGCGCCCCAGCAAGGAGACAUCCCCUGCGCCCUUCACUAAGGAGUCCUCCCCCACCAGGUUUGUGACAGGGAAGCCAGUGGACAGCGGGGUGGACCUGACCAAGCUGAGGCGUAUUGAGAGGGUAGGAAGCAACAAGAAGCUCCUGGAAGACCUCGAGGUGCCUAAGAGUGAACUGCCUGACUACCUUCAGUCCGUUGACACUAUCUUCGACGUCACUGUGCUGGAGACCAUGCUUGAGAAGGCCGUGUCAUAUGAAGAGCGACGCAUCAUCCGAGGUCAGAUAAGGUUAGCCAAACGUCCGGGGGCACAGAGGACCACCACCACCACCACCACAACCACCACCACCACCAAAAAGCCACUGGAAACACAGAAGAAACCCACAGAACCUGAAAAACCAAGAAAAGUGUCACAGAUUUCAACAGAGCCCAUUAGAAAAACCUCGAUUGAAACCUCCAUCACUCGGAAGGUUUCUGAGGCUAAAAUCUCCUUGGAAACCUCAUCCACCACCACUAGAAAGGUAUCAGAACCUCGAGAACCAGUGGAACCUGUCCGAAAACCCUUUGAAACCCCUAGAAAGGUAUCAGAAGCUAAGAUAUUACUGGAACCUUCAUCCAGAAAGGUUUCAGAGCCUAGAGAACCAGAAGGACCAAUUAGAAAGGUCUCAUCACCACGAGAACCCAUUGUAGAACCAGUUAGGAAGGUGUCAGAGCCUCAAGAACCAGCUGAACCCACAAGGAAGGUAUCAGAAGCAAAGAUUAUGAUUGAAUCUACAAAGAGGGAAUCCAGUCGCAUCUUCCAGCCUAUUGCCGCCGAACCGACCCCCUCCUCCCGGGCCUCCCCCCCUAGGGAAGCCCGCCCAGAGGAGAAGAAAGCAACUGAACCACGAAGAUUCACUCCAACGAAACCAGACGAACCGCGAAAAGUUGAACCGCUCACCAAAACGAACCGGUUUGGAACGCCGCGAACCACGAACCAGCCAACACCUCAGACUGCCACGCCCACAAACGAGCCGUACGCUGAACCCCUGAGGUACCAGAAGAAACAGAACGGUACCCCUGCCAAACCAACCCAGCAGAGUGAUGUCGACAAGAUAGUAAGCGCUUAUGGUGUGGGACCGACGGAUGAGUUCGGCGUUCCUCUCUUCGGCCUCCAAGCGCUCAAACGGCGUACUCCUGCUGCUGCUGCUGGUGAACCUGUCCCAGAACCGCAGGAGGCGCCGAAGGAGGAGGAGCCGUACGUGCCAAAGGAUGCACUAGGACGCCCACUGUUCGGCCUUCGCUCCCUCCGUAAGGCCCCGCAGGACACCACCACCACCACCACCACCACCACCACCACAUCCACUACAGAUCGAAGGGACGCAACUCAGUCGUCAGUAGUGGAAGGAUCUCGCCUGACAGUGACCUCCAGGAGUGCCAAGGUGACCAAAGAACCGGAGGAUGAGGAAGAGGAGGAGGAGGAGGAGGAGGAGGAGGAAGAAGAGGAAGAGGAAGAGGGGUCAUCCAGCUCCUCCUCCUCUGAUGAAGAAGAGAAAUCCCCACGAUUAGUAAGAGGCGCGAGGGAUGCAUUGAAGAAAACGGAGGAGGAGACGGAGAAGAAGAAAACGAGAGAUAGAAAAAUUUCUCCUAGGCCUUCCACCACCUCCACCACCGUCACCACCGCCACCAUCACCACCAGAGACACCGCAAAGCCUGAGACAGAUGACACGGACACAGACACCACCACAAGGUCCUGGCGGCAGAGGUCAUCGUACACCACCACCACCACCUCCUCCACCGCCACCACAUCCACCGCAGAGAAGCCUAAGGUUGAGAGAAAGCUGACUGGGAUUUUAAAGAAGACAUCCACCUCCAGUUUAUUAGGGGAGAGUAAGGAAGAGACAGCGGUUAGCACAGUCAGCAAAGGGCAAGUCGUGUCAACGGAUGACCUGCUAAACACACUUACGGAGGACCAAAUUUCGCGCCUUUCUCACGAGUUCGACAUGCGAGCACAGGAGGACGGCGUGAUUAAGACUGAGGAGGCGGUGGAGGACGUCGAAGGAGGGUACAAGAUCACUUCUAGGACCACGGGGGAGACGCCAGAUGGGUCCUGCAAGUUUGCUAGGAAGACAUCCUAUACUGAAAUCAAAUUGCAGCCCACAUGUGUUUCUGAAGGUAUUCGUCCAGAAGGCACCAAUCUGCAGACACGUGACUCACCACGUACACAGCCUGACUCACCACGCACACAGCCACGUACACAACCUGAGUCACCACGUACACAGCCUGACUCACCACGCACACAGCCACAGUCACCACGUACACAGCCACGUACACAACCUGAGUCACCACGUACACAGCCUGACUCACCACGUACGCAGCCACGUACACAACCUGACUCACCACGCACACAGCCACGUACACAGCCUGACUCACCACGUACACAGCCACGUACACAGCCUGAGUCACCACGUACACAGCCUGGCUCACCACGCACACAGCAACGUACACAGCCUGACUCACCACGUACACAGCCUGACUCACCACGUACACAGCCUGAUUCACCACGUACACAGCCACGUACACAACCUGACUCACCACGUACACAGCCUGAGUCACCACGUACACAGCCUGGCUCACCACGUACACAGCCACGUACACAGCCUGAGUCACCACGUACACAGCCUGGCUCACCACGUACACAGCCACGUACACAGCCUGAGUCACCACGCACACAGCCACGUACACAGCCUGACUCACCACGUACACAGCCUGACUCACCACGCACACAGCCACGUACACAGCCUGACUCACCACGUACACAGCCUGAGUCACCACGCACACAGCCACGUACACAGCCUGAUUCACCACGUACACAGCCUGGCUCACCACGCACACAGCCACGUACACAGCCUGAGUCACCACGUACACAGCCUGAGUCACCACGUACACAGCCUGGCUCACCACGUACACAGCCACGUACACAGCCUGACUCACCACGUACACAGCCUGAGUCACCACGUACACAGCCACGUACACAGCCUGAGUCACCACGUACACAGCCUGAGUCACCACGUACACAGCCUGGCUCACCACGUACACAGCCACGUACACAGCCUGAGUCACCACGUACACAGCCUGGCUCACCACGCACACAGCCACGUACACAGCCUGAGUCACCACGUACACAGCCUGGCUCACCACGUACACAGCCACGUACACAGCCUGAGUCACCACGUACACAGCCUGACUCACCACGUACACAGCCUGAGUCACCACGUACACAGCCUGACUCACACACACAGGCUGACACCCACUCAGUGAGCUACACACAUCGCCACAGCCUGACAGAGAGAGUGAGCGCGUCAGUCAGUCAGUCAAUCAGUCAGUCAAUCAGUCAGUCAGUCAGUCAGUCAGUCAGUGAGUCUAUCAGUGAGGUGACGUCAGCCAGGCUCAUCUUGGAGACAACUGCUGGGCUGACGAGGGAAAAAGACCAAGAGGACCAAGAGGAGCCAGAGAAAGAGGAAGAGGAUCAAGAGGAAUCAGAAAGUGAAACCGAGUCUGAAGAAGAAUUGGAGACUGAGAAGACUGCAAAGAGGCCACGGACCAAGAGGAAGCCUAAAAAAGAGCCUGAAAUCAAGAGGAAGCCUGAAAAAGAGCCUGAAACCAAGAGGAAGCCUGAAAAAGAGCCUGAAAUCAAGAGGAAGCCUGAAAAAGAGCCAGAAGUCAAGAGGAAGCCUGAAAAAGAGCCUGAAAUCAAGAGGAAGGAUGACAAAGUGGCUGAAAUCAAGAGGAAGCCUGGUGAUGACAAAGAACCAAAGAGGAAGCCUGAAAAAGAGCCUGAAAUCAAGAGGAAGCCUGAAAAAGAGCCAGAAGUCAAGAGGAAGCCUCAUAAAGAGGCAGAAAUAAAGAGGAAACCUGAAAAAGAGCCAGAAAUCAAGAGGAAGCCUGAUAAAGAGCCUGAAAUCAAGAGGAAGCCUGAAAUCAAGAGGAAGCCUGAUAAAGAGCCUGAAAUCAAGAGGAAGCCUGAAAAAGAGCCUGAAAUCAAGAGGAAGCCUGAAAAAGAGCCUGAAAUCAAGAGGAAGCCUGAAAAAGAGCCGGAAACCAAGAGGAAGCCUGAGAGUGGAGCCAGAAAUUAAGAGGAAAGCCGGAAAAGAGGCAGAAAUCAAGAGGAAGACUGACAAAGAACCAGAGUCUAAGACAAAGCCUGACAAAGAGCCUGAAAUCAAGAGGAAGAUUGACAGAGAAUCGCAAAAAGAGCCGGAGAUCAAGAGGAAAUCAGAGAAAGAACCACCAAUCAAGAGGAAGCC